GAAGGGGUCCAGUGCCUGUCGGGGCGGGACACACGACCCAGCGGUGCCCCGGUCCCAGUUCCUCGGAGCCCCCAGACCCGAGGUUCUUGGAAGCACUUCAUAACCAACUCCUGUAAAGCCUGUCUGACCCAUCGUUUGACAAAGGAGGAAAUGAAGCUGUCUGGAAGGCAAUUCAGGCCAUUGCCACAGACAGGAGAUGACCUCGAGUGAAGUCAGGAGACCUUUGUCAUUCCCUGUUCAUUGAUGUCCAGUUCUGGGAGCACCCUACCUGGCCACAGAACCAUGCCAGCACCCAGCCUGCCACCUUUCCUGGUGCUGAGGACCUGGACCCACAUCCUGCUCCAGAUCCUGACCUUGAUUCUGGGAGCUGUCCAGGGCCUCUUCCCCGAGGAGCCUCAACCCCUCACAGUGGCACCACGGGAUUACUUAAAGCAGUACCCAGUGUUCACAGGCAGUGGUCCAAGCCGCUUUCCUCCAGCCUCCAGCACCGAAGGGCUCAACAUUCAACGUAUGCUUCGGGUCAACAGGACCCUGUUCAUUGGAGACAGGGAUAACCUGUACCGAGUAGAGCUGGAACCACCCACGGCCAGUGAACUGCGCUACCAUCGGAAGCUGAGCUGGCAGUCAAAUCCAAAUGACAUCAGCAUCUGUCGGAUGAAGGGGAAGCAGGAGGGCGAGUGCCGUAACUUUGUGAAGGUGCUGUUGGUUCGAGAUGAUAACACCCUCUUUGUAUGUGGGUCCAACGCAUUCAACCCUAUCUGUGCCAACUAUAGCAUGGACACCCUAGAGCCUAUGGGAGACAACAUCAGUGGCAUGGCCCGCUGCCCCUAUGAUCCUAAGCACGCCAAUGUUGCCCUAUUCUCUGGUGGGAUGCUUUUCACAGCUACAGUCACUGACUUCCUGGCCAUUGAUGCCGUCAUCUACCGAAGUCUGGGUGACAGCCCCACACUCCGAACAGUCAAGCAUGAUUCCAAGUGGUUCAAAGAGCCUUAUUUUGUCCAUGCCGUGGAGUGGGGGAGUCACGUGUAUUUCUUUUUCCGAGAGAUUGCUAUGGAAUUCAACUACCUGGAGAAGGUUGUGGUGUCUCGUGUGGGCCGCGUGUGCAAGAAUGAUGUGGGUGGCUCCCCUCGAGUACUGGAGAAGCAAUGGACCUCCUUCCUCAAGGCCCGACUCAACUGCUCUGUGCCCGGAGACUCCCACUUCUAUUUCAACGUCCUCCAGGCCGCCACUGGCAUCCUCAAUUUGGGAGGCCGGCCUGUGAUCCUGGCCCUCUUUUCUACCCCCAGCAACAGUAUCCCUGGCUCGGCUGUCUGCGCCUUUGACAUGGGCCAGGUGGCAGCUGUCUUUGAGGGCCGCUUUCGGGAACAGAAGUCACCAGAGUCCAUCUGGACCCCAGUGCCUGAAGAGCUGGUACCUAAGCCUCGGCCUGGGCUCUGUGCAGCCCCUGGAAUGCCCUACAAUGCUUCCAGUGCCUUCCCCGAUGAGAUCCUCAACUUUGUCAAGACCCACCCCCUUAUGGAUGAGGCAGUCCCUUCCCUGGGCCACGCCCCCUGGAUUGUGCGCACCCUUGCCCGGCACCAGCUGACCCGAGUAGCUGUGGACACCAGUGCAGGGCCCUGGGGGAACCAGACCGUUGUGUUCCUGGGUUCUGACACGGGUACUGUGCUGAAGUUCCUAAUCCGACCCAGCAGCAGCUCCCGAGGUCCUACCGAGCAGAGCAUCUUUCUGGAGGAAUUUGAGACCUACCGGCCUGACAGGUGUGGACGUGGCCCUGAGGAGAGCCGGAGGCUUUUGAGUCUGGAGAUUGACCCCACAGCCGGUGCCCUGCUGGUGGCCUUCCCUCGGUGUGUGGUCCGUGUGCCCGUGGCCCGCUGUCAGCAGCACUCGGGCUGCAUGAAGAACUGCAUUGGCAGCCAGGACCCCUACUGUGGCUGGACACUGGAUGGCUCCUGCAUCUUCCUGGCCCCAGGCACCAGGGCUACCUUUGACCAGGAUAUCUCUGGAGCCAGCACAUCUGGCUUAGGGGACUGUACUGGGCUCCUUCGGGAAAGCUUCAUGGAGGAGCGGGCUGGCCUCGUGUCUGUGAACUUGUUGGUGACUUCCUCAGUGGCUGCCUUUGUCAUUGGGGCCGUGGUCUCAGGCUUCAGUGUCUGCUGGUUUGUGGGGCAUCGAGACCGACGGGAGUUGGCUCGCCGCAAGGACAAGGAGGCGAUCCUGGCACAUGGUGGGGAGGGCCAGGUGGUGAGCGUGAGCCGCCUGGGUGAGCGGCGUGGGGGAGCCGGGCCCCGGGCCGGGCCCCCUGAGACCCUGCUGGCCCCCCUCAUGCAGAAUGGCUGGCCCCAAGCAGCCUUGUUGCAGGCUGGCCAGCAUGAACUCGCCUCAGGCCUCCUGCCCACCCCUGAGCAGACACCGCUGCAACAGAAACGCUGCCCCGGCGCACUGCAGCGACGUGGCUGGGAGCAGAGUCAAGGAGUCCUGCACACUGUCCUCCGGGAGCCCUCUGGAAAUGCCCCGUCCCUUGGUGCUGCCUCCUCCUCUUCCUCUUCCAUCAUCCUGCUGCACCCUGGUGGUGGCGGGCAUGGGCCAGACCCAGAGGCAGUUGGCGAUGUGCGUUUCCUGCCCUCAGCGAUGGUGGGGGGCCGGGACCAGGUGGGUGGGGUGGCCCCCUCCCAAACCAGGCCAGGCCGGGCCUCUUACGUCGACUUCCCUAUCACACCCCAUGCCAGCCCUGAUCGGCGGCGGGUAGUUUCAGCACCUACGGGCCAUCUGGACCCAGCCACUGACAGCCUCUCCCGGCCCUGGAGCCCUCCCACAGGAAGCCUGACAAGGAGUGGCCCGGCUGCCCCGGCCCUGCGGCGUACACACACCUUCAACAGUGGCAGUGGCAGCAGUGAAAGUCGCCCAGGGGAGCCCCACCACACCCGGCGCCCCCGCCCGCUCACAGACUUUGCCCGCUUGCUCCCCUACGGGCCUGAGAGGACUGCACCCCCUGUGCAGUAAAGAGUCAGGGGACACAGCCCAUAGAUGCCCCUCAAUACCCUCCUGGCCUCCACUUCCCUGGCAAGGGGACCCAGGCACAGAGCCCGCCAGCCCGGGCACAGGAAGAAGCUGGCCAGGCAAAAGAUGGCUCCCAGGCCCUCAUUAAAGCAACAGCCAGCCCUGGUCCUCCUCAGAGCAGGGUGCUCAUGGGGAGUUGGGGUUCCUUCUCACAUCGGCCCUCCGCGUCACCCCCAGGGAGCUACACAAGAAGCACAAGAGCGUUGAUCCCUUCCCUUGGGGGUUGGAAGAAGCUGUGCUGGUCUGGGGUGGGAAGGAUUUGGAGUCGGAGGAUUUGGGUUCAAAUCCCAGC